AACACUGAAGUAUUGUUAAAUAUCCGCUUAAUUCAAUAGAAAAAUUUCAUUAGUUUGUCAUACCGUCACGAGGCCUUGCAUCGAUAACGUGUCAAGAAAGUGAUCGAAACCCCGGACGUCUAUUCCAAAAUCCAAACGAUGAAUUCAAUUCGGAAAAAUGACAAAAUUCUCCUCACGUACUACGUCAAUCCUCACCAUUUCUACUUUAAAUACAAAGAAGAUGCGCUAGGCGAGGAAAAAUUGGCGGAGGUAAAUAAGGAAAUCGAACAUUAUGUCAACCGACAUAUUGAAAAUCGCCAUUGGCAAAAUUAUUCGCCCCAAAUUGGGGAAAUUGUUCUGUGCCACUACAUAUCGGACUGUGUCUACAAGUGGAUCAGAGGACGAGUUGAUUUCAAACUCCAAUAUAACAAGGAGAUGUUCAUCUUAUGGGCUAUCGAUUACGGAUUUCCCAUCGAAACCGACGGUCGACUAAUACGUCCAAUUGAAGCGGAUGAGCUAAGAGUUGUCUACGAGGGAUUGAUAUUCAAAGGAGGCCUUUUCGAAAUCGUACCGUCCAUUAUGGAGUAUAAUUUCAUGAAGGCGGCAGAAGAGCCACGUAAGACGAAAAAGUGGAGUUCGAGAGCUGUGCAAAUGGUUGAGAAGUAUCUGCACCAAGCGGAUGAUUUAACCUUCAAAUGCCGAGCCUAUUACGAGGACCACUUUUUCGGAUCCUUGAUCAUUCAAUCCUUGGUGGUUGCAGAAUUUUUGAAGAGUUCCAAGGAAGGUGUCAACAGCGACAACUUUAUGAAAGAGUUUUCUGAACUGGACGACCAACCAUACUGGCAACGGCAACAAGAUAACGCUCUAUAUAAAAUUUAUGAGAACAACUCUGAUUUUUACGGAUCCGAAGACGUUACAACUACGUGGGUGACCAGCGAUGACCUGUUGAGUAAAUGCGACAACCUGACUGACAUGCCAAAAUUGUGCGAAAGUACUAACAAGAACACCACUACACCAGACGACACUUUGAUCGAGUUAUGUCAUCAGUUUAGCGAUUCCAAGUUAUCGCAAAGUUGCAGAAAUUCAACGUUUUCGUAUAGAACGUCGGUUGCAUCGACCAUCGCUACCAAAACUACUCAGCCGAAUGUAACCGAUACCAAGGCAACUAUCAGUGCAGUUCCAUUGAAAAACCGAUUGGCUGUGGCUCAGCAAAAGAUGAUUGAGCAAGGUAUAAUGACAGAGCAAAAGACCGCCCGAGUCGCCGAAACAGAGAAAAAAGUGUUGAAAAUGACUUUUCCUGCAGGAUUCAUUGUCGACAAUAAGGCUAUUGAAGAGAAGUAUAAAGAGCAUCGUGAUAAUGACAUGAAGAGAUUUGAUUCGACAAAAAAGAGAAACAAAUCUCGUUUUGACAAAGCAAAAGAAAUGGAGGAGUGCUUCUCAGUCAAUCGAGCGGAUCGUCUUCUAGUUCACAACCAUGGAAACAUUCCCUGUAUGCGCAUUAGCAAUAUUCAUGAAGCCGAUUUCCCCCCACAGAUACACGAUGGACUUAAAGCUUUAAACAUCCAGCAGAUCUUUCGAAUACAAACAGUUGGCUGGCCCGGCUUAAUGGGAGGUAAUUCAAUGAUUUUCGUCAACAACGCUCUAACGGGAAAAACGUGGACGUAUCUUCCAGCGAUAUGUGGGUUGAUAAUCCAACGAAUCCAGGACAACACCGUGGUCGGCGGCUGUGGACCUUUAGCAAUAAUAGCAUGCGCAUCAACGCAGGAAGUUAAUGAGACAACAAACCGUAUUGGACAAUUGCUACGAUUUGCUUCUCGGAUUCGAUGUUUCAAAGCAUUCGGAUUCACUGAUCAAGCGAAUGCUGUGUGUAAUCUAUUAAAUGGAGCCGAAAUUCUGGUUACGACGGUUCCAUGUCUUCAUCGCCUCAUGGUAAACGAAAUGAACUUGUUCACGAAGGAAAGGAUCAUCAGUUUGGUUUUCGAUAAUAUUGACCUGGCUUACGAACGGUUCAGUCGACAGAUUCACGAAAUUCAUAAAGCUUUGUGCGCCUCAACAAGUCAUGUACAGCUGAUAAUCACUUCGAGAACGUGGCAUAAAGUAUUGGCCAAUUUUUACGAAGAAUCCAGUCGUGUUACUCUUUGCAUUGGAUCGUACAUUGAGGCCGUAGUGUAUGGAAGGACAAAGAUGACAAUAGAAUUGUUGGGUCACAAAUUUAAAAUUGAUAAAUUGAUUUCUCACAUCAACGACAUAGAUUACAGCUUUGAGCUUACCAUUGUUUUAUGCAACACAUCUGCAGAAGUCGAGGAGUUGGUGAGCGAACUGAAAUCUAUGUCCAUAAAAAUCUGGUACUACCAUGACGAGUCAGAUUCAUUCGAAAUUGGUGCAAUCAAAAGACAAAUACUCAACUGUAAGCCUGGUCUCUUCAAACUCUUGAUCUGUACGGAUGAAGUCCUGCACGACAUUGAUAUUCGUUGUGCAAAGCACAUUGUUCAUUUCACAUUGCCAGAAACGUGGACAAUAUUCGGUUUUCGAUUUUCGACUUUGUUUAACCAUCAUCACAAUUUGCUUGAGAGAAAGAGUGGCCAAACAAUAACGACAUCAGUGGUGUUCUUGGACGAGAACAAUAACAAUGAAUUGCCACGGUUAGUUGAUUUCAUGCAAGUGCGUGGUAACUGUAACAUACCAGAUCAUGUGCUACGAUUAGCGGAGUCCAUCCGCAUCGAGAAUGCGUUAAACAUCUACCAACCAUUUUGCAAUGAUCUCGCAACGAUUGGUAGCUGUUAUGGCCAAUUCACUUGCCGCCAUCGACACAUACUUACCAAAUUCGAUGGAUCCAGAAGCGACAUUCCGCAGAAUGGUUUUGUGAAAUUCGACAUUAUUGCUGUUCGUUCACCGGUGCAUUAUACAGUACGUUUGUUGGAACAUCGCCUUUCGAGAGACGUUACCUGGACUCGACUCAAUUCAACAGCUGACUUUUUAUCGUUUAACAUGGAAAUGAUGAUGUUCUUCAAGGAUGAUACAAACCGGACCAUGCAUUUCCCAAUUGCCUUAGGCGACUUGUGUGCGGUUUGUGUAGGGGUGGAUGGUGAAAACCUCUACGAGCGUGGAAAAAUUAUUAAGAUUGAAGAAAAGAAAUACUUAACAGUGACGACUCAGCACUGGGUGGAGGUUUUAUUAAUUGAUAGCAACGAACGCAUGUCAUGCUACAGCACUUCCUUAAUGACAUUGCCGGAUAAAUUUAAAAACUUUCCUCAUCAGGCUGUUGAUAUUCGAAUAGCCAAUAUCGUACCACGAGACUUUGACAACGAAUGGGAUUCUAGUAUUCUGGAGCUGGUGAAGAAGUGGAUUGGAAACGAAAAUAAGCUUCAGAAUCACCAUUACUGCCAAGGAUUCGUUAAACUCUCAAUUAUGAACACCCUCUGGGUAGACUCAGUUGAUAUGAUUGAAGUUUUACAGUCAAUCGACGAGGAAGUGAAGACGACAUCGAUCAAGAGAAAUUUAUUGAACAAAAAUUUCUGUGUUCGGGAUUCAAAACCUCUGGAAUUAUUGACAAUUCUUGCGAAAAAUGCCGGUUUGCUCAAAGAAGAAAACCCAGAUACUGUCGGCCUCACUGCACCAACAGAGAUCGUUGAUCGUAGAGCAACGAAAGAGGAGUUGAUUUUCAAUAAACCAGACGACGACAAUUACGACCUUGAUGAAUCUAACCCAUCGCUACUGAACUGGUCAACAUCUAGUGGUGACGAUGAUGAUGCUCCUUCUGUUCCAGUUCUUGAAAAUCAAACAGAUUCGGCCGUCUCAGACGCUGAUGAAGAAGAUUUGUUACUUUCGAGCCAAGAUAAAUGGGCGGAACUGCCGGUAAAACAGUUCCAUAAGGUCUUUUUGGGCAAUUUUUAUCAUCCGAAUCGGAUGUACAUCCGAAACAGUUUUUAUGAGACGAGGUUCGUUGAACUGACCCAACGUAUCGAAAAAUUCACUGGACUUCCGGAGAAUUUAGUUCCAUUAUCUAAAGUUGCAUUGGCUGUGAACUGCUUGGCCAAAGUAGGCAGUCAAUACAUGCGAGCAAAGCUAAUGAAACUCUUUCACCAACCAGAUGGCAUCACCGCAGAAGUUUUAUUUGUUGAUUUCGGAGAUUUUGUUAUUUUGCCAACGGAGGAGUUAAUUGAAAUUCCAGAAAAAUUCGUCACAGCAUUACCAUUCCAGGCAAUUUUUUGCAUUCUGAUUGGUAUUCGUCCUAUCGAUUCACCGAAAUGGUGCGACAAUAUUUGUGAUACCAUAUACGACGACCUUUUGAUGAAACAAUCACACUUCUAUGCUCGAUCCAUGCAACUUGGAGGUCCCGACAAAUAUGCGUAUGGACUAAAAUCGCGAUCGUACCAAGUGGUUCUAUUCGAUGAAACGGGCCAUUUUAACAUCAACAAUUGGAUUGUGUCGAGCAAUUAUGGAGAACCGAAUCCGGAUACUAAACAUUUCGUCGAUGUUGAAUUCGAUAGAAAUGUGCUGCCGCCGCUGAACAGUGAAAGUUCGAACGAAUUUGACUGCAAGGAAAGUGAUAACGACGAGCUCAUCGAUGACUACAAUGACGAAGAUCAUUUCGAUAUACAAUUUGACGAUGAUGAGAUAAUGAAUAUGCUCCAAGCAAACGGAAUUCCGUUUACUAAACGAACGGAACAACUUCCUGCAGAAAUCAAAGAAAUUCAGGAAAAUGAAAAAACGGAAGUUUCGGUAGCCGACAAAUCGAACGGAACAGUGAAUUUUCCAGUCAAAAUCAAUACCGGACUCAUUGACUCCCAAUAUAAAAUUCCGAAAAUAAAAUGGCAUCAAACGGAGUCCAUUGUCGCGUUGGCUAUACAUGCACCAGAUGUUAAUGACUAUUGCCUAAGCAUAACUUCUCGAAUGUUGAAAGUAUGCUUUGUGCAACAGCAGGAAAAGUACGCCACAAUAUUGAAUCUAUUCGGAUGCAUUGAGCCGAAGUACACCAUACACUGCAUUCGAGGCUUAUACAUUACUGUUCGUCUGGUUAAAACGUUGAACAAACUUCUUUGGCCAAGGCUGGUUCAACAAAGAGAAAAGGAUCAUUUCAUUGCAUACAAUUUUGAGGCCGACAAGUGUCAGGACACACAAUUCGUUUCGGAAAAGACAUCAGCAGCCAUGAGUCAGCUGAAUGAAUCAUAUUAUUCCUCUAGUGAUGAGGAUCGAGAGGAGGAUGCCGGAUCUGAUGCCGAAUUAUUGUAAGACUUUUUGUCAUAAAUUUGCUUAAGAUCAUUUUGAAAAAAAUUCUGAAUUUAAAUUUGCGACGUUUGUACGCUGAAUAUACUGUAAUCCAAUAGUACCCGUUGAGUAAUUUGAUUUAUGACGAUCUCUUCGUCAGUCUAAUUAAUUUUUACAAAACUUUAAUCCAAUUACAUUCAGAACUAUAUACAUAUGUAAACGGACAGACAUUUCUAUAAAAUUUUUGUA